AAGGAGGGAGCCAGAAGCACAGAGAGAGAGUGUAUAUGUGUGAAAACACUGCGCAUGUGUGACUGUGAGGUGCACUGACGGGAGCAGACGGAGGAGGAGAAAGAGCAGCGAUGAACGGCAGUGGAGCCAAGAGGAGAGAGAACAGCAGGGGAGACGGAAGGGAGGAGAAGUGAGGUUUACCUGAAAACCAGAAGAAAGGAAGGAAGAAAGAAAGGGAAGGAGACAUAUGAGAGUCACAGCACAGAAGCUCAUAUCAGUGCACAGAAUGAGCUGUAUCAUCUGAAGGAGGAAGAGGAAAAAAGGGAUGGAGAAAAGGAUACCGGAGGCAGACGUUCAGCCACAGCUCAGAGGAGAAGAAACAGGGUUAGUGGAGUGAAGGACGAAAGGCUCCAGAGAAACGAAACAAGGGAUGUGGAGGUCGAUGAAAGCAGCCCAGAGACGUGAUGUAUCCACCUAGCAGCAGCUUCCUCCAUCUUACUUCCCCGUUGAUGCCUCCCUUCGCUGCUGCUAGUCGCUGAUGCUUCAAGAAGAAGACUGAGAGGAGAGAGAGCGUCCUCCCUCGAACAAAGAGACCACACGGUUUGGUUUUACCUUCACAGAACGAAAGAUAUCACAGCAAAAACAGAAAGACAGGAACGUGGCGGCGAGACAGGACUGAAACAAGACAACUGCGUAGACAGGCAGGUGGAUGGACAAAAGGAAUCCGGUUAUUGGACUGAGGCACCAAACUGUUACCACUCUUUCUGCUUAGCUGGGACAACUAUCUGAAAGUCCAAAUAAACCACCCUUCACUCCCACCUCCGAGGAAUUCAGGAGCCUUGGAGAUUUAAGGAGUCAUUGCAACAGCUUUUUUUUAAUUUUCUUUUUUUUUAUGGCACCUUCCAAUAAAAGGCCUCCUCGCUACUUCUUAUCACUGAGCCAGUUCAAUUCAACUUUAUUUAUAUAGCGCCAAAUCACAACAACAGUUGCCUCAAGGCGCUUACAAGGGCCACACAGGGUCAGCUGACCAACCUGGACCAAGAAUUUAUUCUUUCGUUCUCACACACUCAAGUUGAUGUGUAACACAUCCGCAGCCAAAAACAGGAAGCUAAGCAAGGCUGAGCAAGAAACAUAUCUAAAGCCUUAGCAGGGCACAGGAUAUCGUUUCAGACAAUACCUCGUGGACCUUUCUGAACUGCCUGUAAUCCAAUCCUCCACUAAACCUGUACUGUAUGUGUACAUGUGAGAAUCUGUGUGCAUAUGAGAUUAUUUAUCAGUGUUUAUCUCUGUGCUGAGCAGUUCUUGUGAGUGAAUAGCCAUCAGAGACAGCAGAGAACCAUCAGCAUAAGUGAGUUAAAACAGCAACAACAACAAAAAAACUACCUUUAAGUAGUCAACACUGGUCCGACACUGUAAGCUGGACUGUUAAGUCAUCUGUACAUAUUAGCUGUGACAGAAUAAGAGCUACAGAUUGUGGUGCUCUGGCAAAGCUCUCCUAUCUGUCUCCACCUCAUAAAGACUCAGGCUGACAACAGUGCCCACCAAGGGAGGGUGUGGGGGAUCUCUGAGGGAAACAUGGAGGGAACCAUCCGUCCCCAUGUCCCCUCUAAUGGCUGACUUCAAAAAAGGAGUCUAAUCUUUUUUGCCGUCGCACAGAACCAGGCAGAGUUGUCUAGCACUGAUAAGAGCCAUUGCUCCUCUCUUUCCCACCUCCAAAACCGUGCGAAUGUCCUGCCUCAGGCGUCAGCCCGUGACCAUCCCGAUGGACACCGUCAAGAUCAUCCAGUCUGAGAAGUUUCCCAGAGAGUGUCCUGUGCCCGUCACCCAGCCACGCUAUGCCCCGCCCCCCAGAGUGGCGUGGGACGGUGGAGGUGAGGGCGAGAUCAUCGUCAACCAGGCCUGCAGCGACCUAACUCUGGACAUAGCAGGGUCUCCCAGGCCGAUGGUGUCCCCCCCAGCCCCCGUGAUGCGCAGGGAACAGAGCUUCCUGGCGCAGCGAAAAACCAGUGCCAAUGAAAUCUGCUACCACCAGUUCCACUACAAGAUGGACGACGUCAUAGUCAACCAGUACGUGCUACGUUCCUCUUCCACCUCCUCCUCCUCUUCUUCCUCCUCCUCCUCGGGACCCGUAAUGCCCUGCGAGCCCCUGGAUUGCCCUACCUGUGGCCACACAUACAACUUCGCCGGGAAGCGGCCGCGCAUCCUCUCCUGCCUGCACUCAGUGUGCGAGGAAUGCCUGCAGAUCCUCUACGAGUCGUGUCCCAAGUACAAGUUCAUCUCCUGCCCCACGUGUCGCCGCGAGACAGUGCUGUUCACUGACUAUGGCCUGGCUGCUCUGGCCAUCAACACCAGCAUCCUGAGCCGCUUGCCCUCUGACCCCAACGGGCCCGUGCAGUGGGGCGGGGACGCCGACCGCAGCUGCUACCAGACUGUGCGUCAGUACUGCCAGUCAGCCUGCACCUGUCAGAUUGCCAACCCCUUGUCUUCCUGUGGCAUCAUGUAGACAAGGACGGACACUGCAGGCAUGACUUGACGCUGCUCUACCACCACCACCACCACCACUCCUCGUCUAUAAGCUCUGCCUGUUCUGCCAAUUCCCUCCUUCACUCACACAUACAGUAAAUAAAGCCCUCCAUAGAUGUUAUCUAUAUAUAUUUAAUAGCACAGAUGGAUGCUGUGUGGGACUAAUGGAUGCCGGUGGUUCAAUAAAUAGUAAAUAAAUGUAUUUUAUGUAUGGACUGGAAUCCUGUUCACCCUCUCUCGUUUGGUUGGACGUGUUUGUCUUUGUUGACAUCUCUUUACAUGGGAAUGCCUGGGGAGGUCCAUCUCCCCCAACCUAGGUGAAUAAAGAUUAUCUAAAUGAGAAAAAGUA